AUGCCCUACAAAUCCCGUUGGACAAUCGACAUCCCAAAUACGCACCUAGCCAGCAUACUCUUCAAAUCGCCAACAGCCCCCCUAUCCCAAACCCACAAAUGCUUCCUCGAAGCCGCCCGUCCAGAAACUCACUACCUGACACCGCAUACCUACCGACUAUGGAGCCAGCGGCUCGCAGCCGGACUCAUAAAAUCCGGUCUGCAAACUGGUGACCGGGUCCUCCUAUUCUCAGGAAAUGACUUGUUCUUCCCAGUCGUUUUGAUGGGUAUAGUAAUGGCAGGCGGGAUCUUCUCCGGUGCCAACCCGACGUACGUUGCGCGUGAACUUGCCUUCCAGCUUCAGGAUAGCGGUGCGAAGUACCUCAUCUGUGCAGCGGGCAGCCUGGAUACAGGUCUCGAAGCGGCAAAACUGGCUGGAUUACCGCGUGAAAGCGUGUAUGUGUUUGACAGUGGUGUGUAUGAUAACACCGGCUCUGCAAAGGAUGGAUGUCCGUAUUGGGGCGAUCUGAUUGCGUCACCGGAGGAGGGCGCGAAGUUCGUUUGGGAUGAGCUUUCAACGCCUGAACUUGCGGAUCGGACGCUUGUUCUCAAUUACUCCAGUGGAACGACGGGUCGUCCUAAAGGAGUGGAGAUCACGCAUAAGAAUUACACGGCCAAUAUGCUUCAGUAUACGCAUCUGUUGACGUUGUACCCGGAUUAUGAGUCUCGCAAGGCACGGAUGCGUUGGCUGUGCUUUUUGCCUAUGUAUCAUGCCAUGGCGCAGACUAUCUUUAUUGCUGCUGCGAUAUAUCACGAGGCGCCGGUGUAUAUCAUGCCGAAAUUCGAUUUCGUGAAGAUGUUGGAGUAUACGCAGGAAUUUAAGAUCACAGCGCUGAUUCUUGUGCCGCCGGUUAUCGUUAUGUUGGCUAAGCAUCCGAUUGUGAAGAACUAUGAUCUUAGUAGUGUGGAGAAUGUUGCUAGUGGUGCCGCACCUUUGGGGAGGGAGGUUUGUGCUGAUGUGGAGAAGCUUUGGCCAGCUGGGGUGAUCAAUGUUAAGCAGGGGUGGGGUAUGACAGAGGCUACGUGUUCCGUCCUAGGAUGGAAUCCGACAGAAACAAGCGACUCUGCAUCUGUCGGGGAACCUAAUGCCAACUGCGAAGCGAAGAUCAUGGCGGAUGAAAAUACCGAGAUCAUGGCACGCAAUCAGCGUGGUGAGCUGUGGGUCCGCGGUCAGAAUAUCAUGAAGGGUUACUGGCGGAACCCAAAGGCGACUAAAGAGACCAAGACGGCCGAUGGUUGGUUGCGAACGGGAGACAUCGCUUAUGUGGAUGAUCGGGGCAAGUUCCAUGUAGUGGACCGGAUGAAGGAAUUGAUCAAAGUCAAGGGAAACCAAGUGGCUCCUGCCGAACUAGAAGCGCUGCUGUUGGAGCAUCCUGCUAUUGCGGAUGUUGCGGUGAUCGGUGUGACGAUUAACCAUGACGAACGUCCUCGGGCAUAUGUAGUCUUGAAUUCGGGACAAUCAGCCACCAGUGAGGAGAUUACUAGUUUCAUGGACGGGAAGGUAUCCGCGACGAAGCGAAUCACAGGCGGCGUAGUUUUUUUGGAGACGAUCCCUAAGAAUCCAUCGGGAAAGAUCCUGCGGACAGUACUACGCGAGCAAGCGCAGGCGGAGCUGAAGGGUGUCACAGCUAAGCUCUAG